GGUAAAAGGGAUUUGACAGUCGCGAGCCUUGAGUCGAUCCGCUCACUUCGCCUCCUCAGCGGCGCCGGUGGAGCCAUGGCGGCCGCUGCCUUCGGACAGCACGGCGCGGUCCUACCAGCCGCGGCCAGCGGCAAAAAGACGCUCAGUUACCGGGAAUACAACAGAAAGAACCGGGAGAACUCCCGCCGAAGACAAGCCGCUCUUUUGUUCCUGACUAACAUCUCCCUCGACGGGCGGCCGGUUCGGAGCGACCCGGCGGAGGAUGGAAGAAGCCACGAAAAUGAAGCCGAGUUUGAUGCAGCGAAGCCCGGCUCCGCAGCGGCGGCGGACCCCGCUUACACCAUCAGCUGCGGGACAUUUAACAGCCUCUCUGCGGGCUGUGGCAUCGCUACACCGAAGACGGGGCUCCCGGUGCCGCCGAUCCUGGUCCUUCCAUCCGACGCCGGGUUCAGUGAUGUGGGGAGCGCGGAGGUGCUGCUGGGAUGCCGCCGGGGCUCGUUCCCCUCACCGGGGGACGGUAACCUGCUGUCCGCCUCCCCGUCCAACGCCAGCCUGCUUCCGUCCCCGCUGGGACCGCGGAAGUCCUCCACGCUGCUGUCGGUCCAGAGCUGUAACUCGGUGUCCUCUGAGCCUCGGCACAGAACCCGUAACCUCUCCGGCGGCUCUCCGAGGCCUCGACAGACCAAGAAGAUCCACUUCAUUAAAAACAUCAAACCGUACGACACCAGAGGCAGCAGAAUCGUGCUGAUCUGUGCGAAGAGGUCUCUGUGUGCCGCCUUCUCUGUCCUGCCGUACGGAGAGAGCUUCUACCUCAGUGACCCCACAUUAAACCACACCAGGAGGAGACACUCUUCUGGGAACAUUUCCACCACCCUGGAGAUGCUGCCGGGGCUUGAGGGCUUCCAGCUGGACUCUUAUGGGAGGUCUGUGUCCUACGCCCAGUUCCUGUAUCCCACUAACGCUCUGGUGAGGCAGAAGCCAUCAUCGGCCAGCAACCUGACGCUGCAGAUCCCCAUGUCCAGGAGCACACACAGCAUCCCUGGCAGGAGUCACCCCCCCAGCCGACUGAGCAGCACCGUGGGACUGGACCUGGGUGUGGAAGAUGUGACUGAAUACGACCCCAACCUCCUCAGUGACCCCCAGUGGCCUUGUGGGAAACAUAAGCGGGUUCUGAUCUUCGCCUCCUACAUGACGACGGUUAUCGAGUACGUCAAACCGUCUGACCUGAAGAAAGACAUGAACGAGACCUUUAAGGAGAAGUUCCCCCACAUUAAGCUCACGCUCAGUAAAAUCCGCAGCCUGAAGAGAGAGAUGAGGAUCGUCGGGGAGGACUGCGGCCUGCAGCCCGUCACCAUCGCCAUGGCGUUCGUCUACUUUGAGAAGCUGGUGCUGCAGGGUCGCCUCAACAAACAGAACAGGAAGUUGGUGUCGGCUGCCUGCAUCCUGCUGGCUGCUAAGAUCAGCAGUGACCUGAAGAAACAGGAGGUCAAACACCUCAUAGACAAGCUGGAGGAGCGCUUCAGGAUCAGCAGGAAGGAGCUGAUAUCGUUCGAGUUCAUCAUCCUGGUUGCCCUGGAGAUGGCGCUCUACCUCCCAGAGAGUAAAGUGUUGCCUCAUUACAGACGGCUGGUGCAGCAGCAGCAGGUGUAGCCGUGCCUGGCUCAGCGGCACUGCGGCAGAAUGCUGCUCCUUCUACCCGGACCCUCUCUGUACCUUCCAUCUCCUACACUGUGAUCCUCAUCAUGCCUUCGUCUGCUUGGAGACUAAAAGCUGCGACCGCAGGGCGGCACUGCCUGG